CUGUUUAACAAGCUGACCUCACGUUUUGGAACACGAGUACAGACACGUGGGGAUUCCUAUUUAAGACCGACCAACGGUGCAUUUCCGAAUCCAAAGUCGCAGCAGCAACCAACAGAAACAGUCAUCAUGCUACGGUACUGCCUUCUUGCCCUCGGGUGUGUGGUCUUGAGCCAAGUUGUAGUUGGAUCCCAGCCCAGCUGGUGUAACCUAGAGUGUCCUGGGUUUACCACGAGGCGCACCACAGGCGACUAUGAAGUAAGAGAUUACGAGAGCACCAAGUGGGUCUCCACUAAGAUCAGCAGCAUGAGCUACAGCAUCGCCGGCUCGAGGGGCUUCAUGAAGCUGUUCUCCUACAUCGGUGGAGCAAACGAUGGAGGAGUUAAGAUCGAGAUGACCCAGCCGGUGUUGACAAAGAUCCCUGAGGAGACGACCUGGUGGUUCUGGAAGGAGUACACCGUCUCCUUCAUGCUGCCCCGCGAGCACUGGAGGAACCCACCUACGCCGACCGACUCUGCUGUGUACAUCGAAACUUUGCCUGCGAUGAGGGCGUAUGUGAAGACGUACGGUGGCUGGGCCACAGGGUGGAAUGCCAACUCUCACCGCCAGGGGGUCGAGCAGAGCCUUGCGGCUGAAGGCAGUAGUUUCGAGGACAGCUUCUACUACUCUGCGGCGUAUAAUGCUCCUUUCGAGAUGACCAACCGCCGUAACGAAGUCUGGGUGAUGGAGAGCUAGGAACAGCAGGAAGUAAAGUAAACUCCGGUGGGAGACCUCGUCCAACCGACGGACCUUCAAAUAACAUGUUGUAGCUAGUGUCAAUCUAGAGAAAGAGUUUUCGAUAUAGAAUUAUAUUUUGACAGCCUCCACAUGUUCCUGACUGCAGAAAAUAUUGUAUUGUGUAUUAUGUCAAAAUUUGUUUGCUUUCAAAAACAUUCCAGAGACAUUUGUGUUUUUUUUGUCUUCUGUACUCUUCGUUAUUUUUCAAUAAAUUUCACUAAAACAUA